AGUGGUCUUUUUCCUGUGCCGCCGGAUGUGUUGUGCUGUGAUCUAUACGGGUCGUGGGAGUCGUAGGAAGGAUCAGGGAGACCCAGGAAACCUAGAAAUGGACUCGGUAGCCAUUGAAGAUGUGGCUGUGAAUUUCACCCUGGAGGAGUGGGCUUUACUGAAUCCUUCACAGAAGAAACUCUACAGAGAUGUGAUGCGGGAAACCUUCAGAAACCUGGCCUCAAUAGGGAAAAAAUGGGAGGAUCAUGAUAUUGAAGAUCAGUACAAAAACCAGGGGAGAAAACUAAGAAGUCAUGUUGUAGAGAGACUCUGUGAAAGUAAAGAGGGUAGUCAAUGUGCAGGAAACUUCAGCCUUAUUCCAAAAUUCAGUAUGAACAAGGAAACUACUGGAGUGAAACUACAUGAAUGCAGUGCAUGUGGAAAAGUCUUUAUGCAUCAUUCAUCCCUUAAUAGGCAUAUCAGCCGUCAUAGUGGACACAAACUGUAUGAGUAUCAGAAAUAUGAAGAGAAGCCAUAUAAAUGUAAGGAAUGUGGUAAAGCCUUCAGUUAUCUUCAGUGUUUUGAAAAACAUGAAAGAAAACACAGUGGACAGGAGAACUAUAAAUGUAAGGAAUGUGGGAAAGCUUUUCGUUUUCGCACAUCCUUUCAAACACAUAAAAGGAUUCAUACAGGAGAAAAGCCCUAUGAAUGUAAAGAAUGUGGGAAAUCCUUUAUGUGGCUCACAACCUUUCAAAGACACGUAAUAACGCACACUGGAGAUACUCCUUAUAAAUGUAAGGAAUGUGGGAAACCCUUUAAGUGGCUUACAACCUUUCGGAGACACAUGAUAACACACACCGGAGAUGCUCCUUAUAAAUGUAAGGAAUGUGGGAAAGUCUUUACUUUUUUAAGUGCACUACAAAUACAUGAAAAAACCCACAUGGGAGAGAAACCCUAUCAAUGUAAACAAUGUGGAAAAGCCUUUAGAUAUCGUCGAACUUUUCAAAUACAUGAAAGGACUCACACAGGAGAGAAACCUUAUGAAUGUAAGCAAUGUGGUAAAGCUUUUAUUUCCCGUGUAGGAUUACAAAACCAUGAAAGAAAUCACAAUGGAAAGAAAUUCUAUGAAUGUAAAAAAUGUAGUAAAGCAUUCGGUUAUUCCAGUUCUCUUCGAAAACAUGAAAGAAAUCAUACUGGAGAGAAACCCUAUGAAUGUAAGGAAUGUGGAAAAGGUUUUAUUUUUCUCUCAAGCCUUCGGGCACACAUGGUAAGUCACUCUGGAGAUGGACCUUAUAAAUGUAAGGAAUGUGAGAAAGCAUUCAUUACUCCCAGUUCAUUUCAAAUACAUGUAAGGACUCACACAGGAGAGAAGCCUUAUAAAUGUAAACAAUGUGGGAAAACUUUCAAUUGGCCCACUUCCAUUCGCAGACAUGAAAAAAGUCAUAGUGGAGAGAAACCCUAUGAGUGUAGGCAAUGUGGUAAAGCCUUCAGUUGUCCCAGAUCCUUUCAAAGCCAUGAAAGGAGACACAGUGGAGAAAAGCCCUAUGAAUGUAAAAAAUGUGGUAAAGCCUUCAGUUGUCCAAAUUCCUGUCGAAAACAUGAAAGAAGUCAUGGUGGAGAGAAACCUUAUGAAUGUAAAGAAUGUGGGAAAGCCUUCAGUUCUCUCAUCAAAUUUCAAAGACACGUGAUGAAGCACACUGGAGAUGGACCUUAUAAAUGUAAGGAGUGUGGGAAAGUCUUUGAUUGUCCCAAUUACUUUCGAAGUCAUGAAAGGAUUCACAGUGUAGAAAAGCCCUAUGAAUGUAAGGAAUGUUGUAAAGCCUUCAGUACUCCUAGGUUCCUUCGAAGACAUGAAAGAACUCAUACUGGAGAGAAACCUCAUGCAUGUAAGGAAUGUGGUAAAGCCUUCAGUUAUCCCAGUUUCCUUCAAAAACAUGAAAGAAGUCAUACUGGGGAGAAACCCUAUCAAUGUAAACAAUGUGGUAAAGCCGUCAGUUAUCUCAGUUCCCUUCGAAGUCAUGAAAGAACUCAUAGUGGAAAGAAACCCUAUGAAUGUAAGGAAUGUGGGAAAGCAUUCAUUUUUCUCUCAAAAUUUCGUUUACACAUGAUAAAGCACACUGGAGUUGGACCUUAUACAUGUAAGAAAUGUGGGAAAGCCUUCGAUUGUCCCAGUUCAUUACGAAACCAUGAAAGAACUCACACUGGAGAGAAACCGUAUGAAUGUAAGAAUUGCAGUAAAGCCUUCAGUCAUCUCCGUUCUUUACGAAACCAUGAAAGAACUCAUAUUGGAGAGUAGUGCUAUGAAUGUAAGAAAGUGGGAAAGCCUUCAGUUCUAUCACUAAAUUUUCAAGACAUGUGGUGAAGCACACUGGAGAUGGACCUAAUAGUGUAAGGGAUGUGGGAAGGCCUUCGAUUUUUUCAGUUCAUUAUGAAAUCAUGAAAGAACUCACACUGGAGAGAAACCAUACGAAUGUGAAAAUUAUAGGAAAGCCUUCGAUUGUCCCAGUUCUGUUCAAAACCAUGAAAACACUUAUAAUGGAAAGUAGACCUAUGAAUGUCAGGAAUGUAGGAGAACCUUCAGUUGUCCCAGUUCAUUCUGAAUACAAAAAAAAGAAUUCACACUGGAGAGAAACCCUGUGAAUGCAAACUAUAUGGUAAAGCCCUCAUCAAUUCCUAUUAUGUUCAAAUACAUGAAAGAACUCUUACCAGAAACUGAACAUAAGGAAUAUUGGAAAGCCUUUAUCACACAACAUUUUAAGGACACAAGACCGUGCACACCAUGUAAGCGUGAGGAAUUGGGGAAGUCUUCAGUCCCAUUUUCUUGGGAAAGAACUCAUUCUAGACAGAAUUCUGUUAAAUGUAAACAAUCUAUGAAAACCUUCAUUUGCCCUACAUCCUUACAAAACCAUGUGAGAAUGUACACUGGAUAGAUACCACGUAACUGAAAAGUAAAACAAACUAUUCAGUUGAAACAAAUAUUUUUGUAGUCAUGUGAAAACUGCACUGGAAAAAACUCAUGUUAAUGUAAGUAAUAUGGGUAAGCCUGGUACAAAUUAAUUCAUGUAGAAUACUCAAAGUUACAAUAUGGAAGAAGUGUUAUAAACUUUAAACAUAUAUUGUCCUUAUCAGUGGCACAUUCUUAAAGUUAUUAUCUGUAGUAUGGAGUAGUACUUUUGCAAGUAAAUAUUGAGGUAAGAUAAUUCUGUAGGUGCUCUUUAGGCAGUCGUUCCUAAGUUUAAUAGGUAAUUUUAUCCUUUACUCAGUAAAAUUUUUGUUUUUAUUUUGAAGACUCUUUGAUCCAUGGGUGAAUUGAAGUGUAUUUCUAAUAUGUACCUGGGUUUAAUUUUUAUAUAAUACUUUUCUGCAAAUAAGGGAACACUGAAAAAUGACACUUUGGUACUUGUCUGGCCUCCUGCGACAAGUACUCAACAUUCCUUAUACAUUAUAUACAUAUUCCACCUAUAUUUCUUAAGAGAAAACUAACUUUUCAUUGGCCUGAAGAGCUUUAUUCCAUUUCUUUGCUAACAAUGAGUUGGCAUAUAUUUGUAAGUAUGCAAAGUUCAUCGUAUACUCUCAUGUGAAUUAUUGUUUUCAUCUUUUGUCCUUUGUUAUUUGUCAUUCCUUCUGGCUGGGAUUUGGGCUAUGGAAUUUGCAUUAAGAGAGACUUGUGAGAGGACAAUAAAAUUUAGAGUUGGAGAUGACCCUUUUUGACUCUGUUAUGUCAAUGUGAGUGAUGUUGUGAACUACAUUUUCUAGACUCUGUUGCUUUUAUGGUCCCAUGUUAGAAUUCACCAAAGCCUAAUUUACAGGUAACUUGAAAUGCAGACGUGAAAUAGGAUUAGGUAGAUUUUGGAGCCACCUGUACGGAAAGAGACAUACAAGAAGCAUAGGGCCUUUGCAGACACUUGCUUCCAGCUCAUUUUCCUCAUUUUUUGCUCUGCCAGUCAGGAAUAUCCUCAAAACUGAAGAGAGUCCAAGAAGGUGGAGUAGGAAGACCCUGAGCUCACCUCCUCCCAUGGGCACACCAAAAUUACAACUGUUUACCAAGCAACUAUUGAUGAGAAGGACCUGAACACUAUCAGAAAAGAUCUUCUACAAGUAAAGAUAGGAAGAAGGACCCACAACGAGACCAGUAGGGAGUAUGGAGAAAUGUUACAGUCGAGACCCAUUACCCACAAACAGGAGGAUAAUUACAAUUGCAGAAAUUGUCCCAAAGAGCAAGGGGGUCCAAACCCCACAUCUUGCUCCCCAGCCUAAGGGCCCUGCACUGGAAAGACAAGCCCCCAGAACAUUUGGCUUUGAAGACCAGCAGGGCUUACUUUCAGGAUAGCCAGAGGGCUGUAGGAAAUAGAGAUUCCACUCUUCAGGGACGCAUAUAAUAACAUCUCAUGUGCUCCAAAAUCCAGGGCAAAAGCAGUAAUUUGAAAGGAGCCUAGGUUUGACCCACCUGCUGAUCUUGGAGAGACUCCUGGAGAAGCAGGAGGCAACUGAUGUUUACUCUCAGGACAUAGACACUGUGACAGCCCUUUUGGGGAGCUCAUUCUACCACAAGGAUAGUGGUGCUGACAAGUGUGGUUUUGGAAUCGUCCUUCUAGCUUAUUAGCACAAGAGACCUGCACUACCCACCAGCCUGUUGGCACCAGUAUUGGGAUACCUCAGGCCAAGCAGCUAACCAGGUGGGGACACAGCCCCACCCACCAUAUGGCCAGCUGCCUUAAGACACGAUGAGCCCCCGGUUGCCCUGGCACUGGCCCUGGGACCCCUGAGGCCCCACAGCCAGCUGCUGGGGCCCAACCCCAUAUACCAGUGGGCCAACACCAGGAUCCAGCCCCGUUCACCAGAGGGCCGGUACCAGCUUUGGGACACCCCAGACCUUGUAGCCAUCUGUGACAGAAAUAAGCCCUGCUCACCAGUGGGCUGACACCAACUCUGAGACCCCUAGCUUACUGCAGCCAAAGACCUCAGGAUCUGGCUGCACACACCAGUGAGCUGGCAUUAACCCCAGGACCCCCUGGGCCUCAGCCCCACCCACCAGCUCUAAGACACCUUGAACCCUUCAGCCAGCCACCCUCGGAUUUGGCCUCAGUAACCACCAAGCUGACACUAGAUUUGGGGGUCCCGGGCCCAUGACCUCCCACCCUGGAAAUGCUCCACCCACCAGUGGGCCAGCACUGGCCCUCGGACCCCCUGGGGCUCUAUAGCCAGCCAUCUCAUGUCCUGACCCUGCCUACCAACAGUCAGCAACAUCCCCACAAGGCAGCACCUGGCAACCAACUGGACCAAGGGCCAGCCACGCCUAGUCAGCCCGCUACAUGAGAAGGACCCACAUAGUUCUGGUGUCCAGAGGAGAGAGCACUGCUGGCACACAUAGGACGUCUCCUACAAAAGGCCACUUCUCCAAGGUCUGGAAACAAGCAGUGUGCCAAAUACAUAGAAAUUUAAAAAGCAAAUUAGGCAAAGUGAGGUGACAGGAAUAUGUUCCAAACAAGGAACAAGAUAAAACCCCAGAAGUAGAACUAAGGAAGCAGAAAUAAGCAAUCUGCUUGUUCAAGGUAAUGAUCAUAAAGAUGCUCAAAGAACUUGGGAGAAGAAUGGGUGAACAGAGUGAGAAAUUAGUCAUUUUUAACAAAAAUUUUAAAAAUACAAAGAACCAAACAGUUGAAGAAUAAGUGAUAUUUUAAAAUACAGUAGAAAGAAUCGGUAGUAGAUUAGAUGAUACAGAGGAAUGAAUCAGCAAACUGGAAGACAGAGUAGUGGAAAUUACUCAAUCUGAACAGAAAAUAAGGAAAAAGAAUUUUUUUUAAAUGACAGUUUAAGAGACUUCUGAGACAACAAGCAUACUAACAUUCUCAUUAUAGGAGUCCCAGAAAGAAAGAGAAAAUGGGCAGAAAACAUAUUUGAAGACAUAAUAGCCAAGAACUUCCCUAACCUGGUAAGGAAACAGACAUCCAGGUUCAGGAAUUACAGUCCCAAAAGGACCAAUCUAAUCCAUAUAUAUAUAUUAUUAUAUAUAUUUAUAAUAUUAUAAUAUAUAUAAUGGAAUAUUACUCAACCAUAAAAAAGAAUGAAAUUUUGCCAUUUGCAGCA